AUGGCCAUGCUAUCGUCGCCCAGCCGCUCGCCGCGGUCGGCGGUGGUUAGCACCGCUGAAGUGAGUCCGCGAGGUAGGAGGUUCCGAGCGGCCAUCGACAUCAUUAUUGCGCGAACCGUCGAGUCCUUCUUCGACCUCCCGCCUUCCACCUCGCUCGCGUCGCCGCACAAGCCUCGCUCGCGUUCCGGUUCACCGCAACGCUCCCCUUCGCAAAAGUACCAGCAGGAAAAGCAGCAACAACAACAACAGUCGCAGCAGCAACAGCAGCAGCAGCAGCAGCUGGGGCAGCGCAGGCAGCAAGAUACUUUAAAAUCCUCUCAAGGGCAGCGUGCGGGUGACCGAGCCGCACAAGCGAGUCAGAGGGGCUUGACUGCGGGAGCUAGGGGGGGAGAUGCGCCAGGUGCGGUGGGGAAUGGCGGUGGUAGUGGGCGCAUGUCGCCGUCCGCUGGAGCAUUAGGGCGAGGGCCUGGCAGUGCGGAGGAUGGCGAGGCGGACACGCCGAAAUUCGCUCUCAAGUCACCAGGCUCAUAUUCCCCUCGAGGCCGACCGCCCUCUCUGCCUUUUGAUGUCGACUUCCCUGCUCUGCUCGGAUCCCGCCCACUGCAAGCCUCACCCAAACGCGCCUCUCCAGCGUCCUCCUCCUCCCCCACCUCCUCCUCCAUCUCAUCCGCCUUCACAUUCUCCCCUGCGUCCGCCGCGCCAGCCACUCUUCUUACCGCUCCGCUCUCAUCCUUCCCCUCCGCCUCUGCCUCAUCCGCGUCGUCAGCGCCCUCGGAAUCCGCAGCUGCGCCCGCCGCGCCCGCCGCGCCCGCCAUGGCGCUCCACCAGCCGCUCUGCUUCCCGGGUGCGCAGCCCGUGCAUCCGCCCGAGGACGUGCCGUCCCUCGCCGCCGCGUUCGCCGCAGCCAAGUCAGCACAGGCUGCGGCCUGCAAGUCCCCCGUCGCCUCGCCUCUCUCCUCCCCCAGUCCGUCCCCCUGCCCCACGCCAUCUCGUCGCCGCCUGCCGCCGUUCCCGGAGCCGCCAAUGGCGGCAUGUCUAUUUGACGCCAUGGACAAGCUUCUCUCCGUCUCCACAGGGGUGGCGGAGCUUGCCGCACCCCCGCCGCCAUCGCUCGCCUCUCUAGCCGCAGUUUCAGAUUCUACUGCUUCUGGCGCUCUGGGCCCUCUGUGGGCGUCAGCCGCGGGAGGAGGUGGGGGGAAGGGGCUGGCAGGAGGGGGCAUGGGGGGACUGGAAGGGCUCAUGGGCGGUCUCCACCUGCUUGCGGCAACCUCUGGUGGUGCCGCUGCCUCUGCUUCUGGCGCUGGGGGAGGCACUGGCGCUGGCAGUGGGGGAAGCGGUGGCGGAAGCAGAGGGGCGGGCAGUGGCGGGGCGCAGGCGCGCACGCUGCUAGGGUUGGUGGACCCUCGAGAGGCGGCUACUGCAGUGGCGCCGUCUAAGAGCCGCAGGCAGAUGGAGGCGCUGAGGAAGGCGCGGCAGGCGGGGCGCGGGGGACAGCUGGGGCUGGUGACUGGCGCUGCUGAGAGCAGCGGGGGAGGCCAAUUGGGACUCGUUGCAGGCUCUUCCGGCGGUGCUGGCGGCGGCGCAGGGGGAAAGGGCGGGGGAGGCGGAGGGGGGCAUUUGGGUCUUGUGACGAGCUCCGCCAAGGGGGCUGCAGGGGGUCAGCUAGGGCUCGUCUCACGUUCUCUCGAUAGCAGGGGUGGUACCAGCAAGGGCGUUGCAGGUGCGGGAAGAGGAGGGCCUAGGCAAGAAAAGGCAGGGGCGAUGGGUCACAGUUUGGGGCUGGAAGUGAGCGGGCAGCAGGGAAGGGAUGGCAGCAGGGGGGGCGAAGCAGAGAACGUGCUAGAUGAGAAAGCACGGGCUGAGAGGGAGAGGGAGGAGAGGGAGCGGCGGGUGGUGGAGGAGCAUGGGAGGGCGGUGGCGGCGGUGGAGAGCAUGUCUCAGGCGGACCGAGUGACGUUCGAUGGGCCGCUCGUGGACGGCCUCUCCGCGCCCCUGCAGCUCCCCAGCUUCCACGGCAAAGCCCUUCCCUGGCGCCGCACCAAGGCGCCCCCGCCCUUUGCUGCCGGCGCCCAUGUUGUGAAUGCCAUUCUGCAGGCGGAGCGGGAGGGAGCGGAUGCUGCAGGGCCUGCUCAAACCAGUGAAGCUACAGCAGCAGCAGAAGUAACAGCGGAAGCAGGGACUGAAGCAAGAGCAGCAGCAGAGGCUAGAGGGCAGGGCGGAAGGGCCAGCAUGAAUGAGCCACCAGUUGCGGCAGCAAAGGAGCAAGACUCGAGUGCUGUUGGAGAGGCACAGCUUCCCACCAUGAGCCUUGCUGCUGCCUUUGGAGGGCUGGCCUUGGCAUCUCAAGGGGAGGACUUGGGCCAAGGGAGUUUUGGCAUUGGCUCUGGCUGGGGGGCAAGUAGUGGCACUGGCGAUGAGAGCGGUGGUGGCAUGGAAGGUGGUGAUGGUGGGUUCAUGGGUGCGUUCGACUCUCUAUUUAAUGCGUCGGCUGGUGCUGGCGGCGCAAUGGGCUUGCACAUGCAACCACUGCAAGCCCAUCAAGCAGAAAGUGUGGGGGAUGGGCUGGGAGAGGCAGGCGAGGCAGCGACCAGGAACUUGAGGUCUGGGCGUGCGGUGAAAGACGAGAGCAGGGAGAGAGAGAGGGAGCGGGAGCGGGAGCGGGAGAGGGAGAGGGAGGAGAGGGAGAGGGAGGAGAGGGAGCGGCGGGUGGUGGAGGAGCAUGGGAGGGCGGUGGCGGCGGUGGAGAGCAUGUCUCAGGCGGACCGAGUGACGUUCGAUGGGCCGCUCGUGGACGGCCUCUCCGCGCCCCUGCAGCUCCCCAGCUUCCACGGCAAAGCCCUUCCCUGGCGCCGCACCAAGGCGCCCCCGCCCUUUGCUGCCGGCGCCCAUGUCGUGAACGCGAUUUUGCAGGCGGAACGGGAGGGGCUAAAGGCGGGGGGAGAGGGUAGUUCAGGUGCAGAGGGAGGUGUAGCAGGUGCGGGCUUGGUUGGAGAGGGACUAGCUGGUGAAAUAGGUGCCGGCGGUGGUGGCAGAGGGAGGGAAAUCGAUGCUAGAAAGGAAGGGCUGUGUGUGGGGCUGGACGGCGAGAGAAGGGCAGACACUGUGGCAGAUGCAGCUGUUGGUGCUGCGGGGAUGGGAAUGGGCGGCGAGGGACUUUCUGGUGGGCUGUCGCUAGCUGCAGCGUGGAGUGCAGGAGCGGUGGGGGCAGGGGACAUGGAGCAGCAGGAGACGGUACAGCUGGAGGAGGGCGGAUCUGGUGGUGGGCUUGGCCUCAUGAGUGCCUUUGAUUCGCUUUUUUCUGCUUCCGCUGGUGCUGCUGCCCUGCCACAUUCGCAGCAAUUUGAUGGCGGAAUCGCUUUCGGUUCCCUGCCUUCCUUGCAGCUGCAACCCCAGUUGCAGCAGUCGCUGCAGCAGCAGCCACUUUCCAAGCAGGUGGCUCAGGCGCAGGGAGGGGGCAGGAGAGAGGAGGAGGAAGACGAAGAUAGUGAGAGUGAGCGGGAGGAGAGGGAGAGGGAGGAGAGGGAGCGGCGGGUGGUGGAGGAGCAUGGGAGGGCGGUGGCGGCGGUGGAGAGCAUGUCUCAGGCGGACCGAGUGACGUUUGAUGGGCCGCUCGUGGACGGCCUCUCCGCGCCCCUGCAGCUCCCCAGCUUCCACGGCAAAGCCCUUCCCUGGCGCCGCACCAAGGCGCCCCCGCCCUUUGCUGCCGGCGCCCACGUCGUGAAUGCGAUUUUGCAGGCGGAGCGCGACGGGGCUGACGCCUCAGGGCACAAGGCGGGGGAGAGUGGCAGCAGCGAGCGGAACAAGAGCCCAACCGAAGCUUCCGCAUCAGCGCGCAAUGCCCAGCCCCCUGCAGGCGCCAAGACAGCUGAGACAUCCCAUGCAGACACAGCAGCUUCGGCAUCACCUCCUCAGAGCCUAGCAGACGCGUUUGGGGGGCUGGCAGGGCUGUCCUCAGGAGCAGGGGUGGACGAGGAUGGCAUGAGCGGCGGUUGGGGGGGGUCCGGUGGGGGAGGGCUUGGGCUCAUGGGGUCGUUUGACUCGCUGCUCUCUGCGUCCUCUGGCAGCCCUGCUGCAGGUGCCGGGCAGCCCCGUGCAGCAGCAGCGGGCCAGUUGCAGCCUCUCUCGCUCUCUCCUCUGUCUUUGCAAGCGUUGCCCGCCGUACCCCGCACCACACCCAUGCACCAGUCCACCACUCCGUCGCUCCCCCGCGCGCCCAUCCUCUCGCCCUUCUCGGACAAGCCAGCAGCAGCGGAUUCUCUGGAAGCGCUUUUCCAGGUGUCGAAGAUGCACGGGGGAAUCUCCCCCUCCAUUGACAACCGUCUCCUGCCCGCCUUCCCCUCGCCGCGCAUCCACACCCCAUCGCACCUCUCGGGAGGAGUCCCCGCACCUGCUGCAGGGGACCCUAGCAGCAGCUCAGACGGCAGUGCGAGGCUGGGAGCAGCUGGCGCCGCUCCUCCAGUCAUCCUUGCACCCUUCUCCAAUGUGCCGGCAGCAGGGGAUUCUCUGGAGGCGCUUUUCCAGGUGUCCAAGCUGCAUGGGGGAAUCUCCCCCUCCAUUGACAACCGCAAGCUCGCGUCCUUCCCCUCGCCCCCCCUCCACGUGCCUCCGCACUCAACUGCCACUCCCAACAGGGUGCCGCCAGGGGGUGCAGCAGGCAGCCUGGGCCUCCAAGCGACGGCUCGCAUGGCGUUUCCGCGCUCCACGUCUGCUCCCCCCGCGCAUGCCGCCAUUGACGCUGCAGCUGAUGCUGUGCUGCUGCAGCUGGACCUGCCGCUGCGCCGAACAGGCUCUGCUGAGCUGCAACCGCUCUCCCCCACCUCCGCUCACCUGGAUGUCAAGGCGCCUUCCGCUCUCGCCUCAUCUGAUUCCAGUUUUCCCGCUUUUGCUGCUCCGCUGGGUAUAACUGCAGGUUCUUCCUCUUGCUCCUCAGCUUCCUUUGUCUCUCCAUCCGUCCCCUGCUCCUCCUCUUCCUCCUCCGCAGCCUCUGCUUUCUCGUCCACGGCGCCCUUGGCAGCAGCGGCAGCACCAACAGCAACAGAUGCAGGGGAGGCAGGAGCGGGAGAAGAGCCAGGGCCCCUCUCAUCCCUGGCAGCGAAUUUUGCGUCUCUGCUUCUAGCCGGGUCCGGGCCGGGCAUCCCUCUUGACCAGAGCCCAUCCCCCCAUGCGCGCUUCGCCAUGCAAGCCAACAUCCCCCUCUCUCCCCACCUCGUCUCACCCUCCUCCCGUCUGCCCACACCCGCUAUCGCAUUCCCCAGUCCGAAGCUAGCUAUGAGUCCCAAGGUGGCGCUAGCAUCUCUAGUGGGGCAUCUGGGGCCUGUCAGCCCUCUCUGCGUCGCCUCCCCCGCUUCUCGCCCCUCUCAUUCGCUUCACCCCUCUCCGCCCGCCUCCCCUCUUGAGAAACUCUUUAAUUUAUCCAUGGGCGCAGGCGCUGUGCCUCUCUCCCCAACCCUCAGCCCCAGUGGGUCCCGCCCAAAGACCCUCCUAGGUCUUGUCAAUCCCCGGGAGCCUGCCUCCGCCUCCUCCUCUUCAUUUUCCUCCUCUCCUCGCUCCUUAGAGGCUGCUAACACAGGGCUGGGGGCCAGUGCAGGGAGAAGCGGCAGUGCAAGGGCAGCAGCUGUGGCAGGGAAUGGUGCUGGUGGAGCGGGCGCUUCAGAGGGUGCUAGAGGCUCUGUGCUGAGACCCAGGCAAGAGAGCACGGGGCAGCAGCAGCAGGUGAGGCAGGUGGAGCAGUCAGCAGAGGUGUACCGGCAUGAGUGUGUUGGGCUGACGGACCUGGGCCCACUGGGGGGAGGCGGGCAGGAUGAGCGGCAGUUCCAGCUCGCCCUGCCCAACUUCAAGCAGAACGGACCCGCCUUCCUCAGACGCGCCCCUCGCACCACCCACACGUUGACCUCCUCGAGUGAUCCUGCCAUAGCAUCUGUUACUGUUUCUUCCUCCUCCUCCUCCUCCUCCUCCUCCUCCUCCUCCUCCUCCUCCUCCUCCUCCUCCUCCUCCUCCUCCUCCUCCUCCUCCUCCUCCUCCUCCUCCUCCUCCUCCUCCUCCUCCUCCUCCUCCUCCUUCUCCUCCUCUAACCCCCUAGGCGUGUCCUCCCCUUCCUCCGGCCCGCUAACCUUCUCCCCGCGGCCCAUGCCAGCCGCCCUGCAGCCCCACCGUGAGAGUGCUGCUGAGAAGGCUGGGCCCAGAGGGGGGCAGUGCGAGCAGCAAGUGGGGCUUGGGGAGGGGGAGGGCACGGAGGGGAGCGACGAAGAGGGGGACGUGUCUGAGUGGUGGAUGCGCGCGCCCACUCUGGGACCUGGCAACUGGGGUGAUGGCGAUGAUCCCCAUGCUGCAGUCUCUGCAGGUGUGGCGGGCGCAGGAGAAGGGGGAGGCAGCAGUGGCAAGCUGGAGAAGUUAGCUGAGGAGGAGAGGGACGAGGUGGAAGGGGACCAAGAGGGGCACGGCGUGAAGGUGCGUGAGCAGGAGAUGAAAAGAGAGGGGGGUAAUGGAGGUGGCGCGGGGGGCAAGGUGGAGGUAGAUGUGGAGCGCAUGAUGGGCAUGCUGCAGCAGCUGCAGACGCCUCUCGCGGAUGUGCGCGCCGCACUUGAGGGUGGAGGGCGAGGCGCGGAGGAGUUUGAGGCUGCUGCACGGGCGCUGGAGGCGGACUUGAGACGGUUCCUGGAAGCCAGGAGGCACACGAAGGAUGAGGCAGGGGGUGAAGGGAAAGGGGUGGGGGGGACUAAGGGAAGCUCUGGCGCUGGUACGGGGGAGGCUGAACGGGCGGGCGGAGGGGGAGGGGGAAGAGGAGGGGGAGGGGGAAGAGGAGGGGGAGGGGGUGAUGGGAUGGGGCUAGAGGGAGAGGCGGUGGUGGUGGAGUUGUCGGGGCAAGGUGAUUCGAGCAGGAGUAGCGAUGCCAUCACUUGUGCAGAAACAGCUAGGAAGGGCGGAGCAGAAGGAGGUGAAGGGAGAGAGGGUACUGAUGUGGGAGGAGGUGCGGAGAAGGAGGGUUCUGGAACCAUCACAAAUAAGUUAUGUGCUGCUGAGUCAAAACGCGAGUCUGCUGUGAGAGGCAAGCAGGGAGGCAAGCAGGGGAGGCAUGGGAAGGAGGUGGGGCAGGGGGCGGAUGUAGCAUCCGGUGCACCCGCACCCCCAGGUACAGACUCAGGUGUGUCUCCAGCAGCGCUACAGGCGGCUCUCACGCGGGAGCUUCAUGCACAGACCAAGGGGGGGUCAGCCGUAGCAGAGGUAAGUGCAGCAGAUGCAGCAGGUCAGGCAGGGAAUGGCAGGGCAGGCGAGGGCAGAGGUGGGAAGAGAGGGGAAGCAGUGGAGGUGCCAGUGGUGGGGGGGAAGGUGGUGCUGAGUGGCAAGAUCAGGGUGGGGCAGGAGAUUCAGUUCUCUGGCACGUGGUCGCCUCUGGGCCUGCCCCACUCUGCCUCGCAAUCCUCUGCAGCGGAAUCCGCCUCCCCAGGUGUGGAGGACAGUAGACUGGGCGCUCCUGCUGCAGCUGAGGGGGUUGCUGGGCUAUCGACUGCUGGGGGGGAUCGACAGCAGCAGCAGCAGCAGCAGCAGCAGCAGCAGCGUCGGCGGCACAGGGAGAGGUCGCUACGCAAGCAGGAUAGAAGUAAGUCAGGGGUGGUGGGUGGGGGCGGGGGAAUGGAGCGCAGGGCAAGGGGCAGAGAGCAGGAGGAGGACUUGCAGGAGGAGAGCUUGAGUGAGGCAGAGGUGGAGAGGGAUAGGCGGCGGCGCAGUGGGCGCAUGGUGAGUAGUAUCAGCGUGGGGGGCAUGGGCAUGAGCAUGGGCAUUGGCAUGAGCAGGAGCCACGAAGGCACUGUCGGGAGCAGCACAGGGAGUGCGGGGAGCGGGCGUAGUAAGAGGAAGAAGGACCGGUCGGGAGCGGUUGAGGCCGGUGGGGUGGAGUGGGCGAAGGUGGAUGCCAGGGACAGUGGAGGAGAUGCGAGCAGGGAGGGUGGUAAGGAUGCUGGUAGGGAUGGGUUGAAGGAGAGUGGCAGGCGUAAGAAGGGCAGUGGGAAAGGUGCAGGCGCAGAUGGUGGGUCUGGGAAAGGCAAGGGUGUGUUUGGGGAUGAACAUGGUGGUGGCAAGGCGGGGAGGCACGUGGGUGCAGAAGGGGAAGUGGCACGGGUUCUGGGGGGAAGGGAGGGGAAGGAAGUGCGUGGUAGCAGGGACGGGCGGGAGAAGGAGGGGAAGGGAGGGAGUGAGGGGAAACAAUCAGAGAGUGUGUUAGGCGGGAGGACGGCGGGGGGGAAGGCAGCGGAUGAGGGCGAGGAAGAUGAGGAAGACGUGUUUUAUGAUGCACGUGAGGUGGUGAGCUCGCCUGCUUCAGAGGACGACAGAGGCAGCGAGCGGUCUCUCAGGCACAUCAUGACCAAGGCGGCAUCUCCUGGCACGCUUCCUGGUGCUACUGCUGCUGCUGCUGCUGCAGUGGGGGUUGGGGUAGCGGAUGUGGAAGAAAAAGGGGCUGCAAAGCACGGGAAGGAGGGGAAGAGUGUCUCUGGCGUUGCGAGGACGCGGUCGGGUGUGAAGGCAAGGCUUGGGAGCGGCGACAGCAGCAAGGGACGGAGAAAGGAGCAGAAGGGCGCGGAGGAGAGGGGAGCGAGGGACGAGCUGAAGAGAGGUGGUAGUGGCGUGGGAGCAGCAGGCGGAGGGGAGAGUGGGGCAGUAGAGGGUGACGCGAGGGGUGGUAGUGAAGCUAGUGGUGGUGGCCGCUUGGAGGGUGCAGGGAAGAGCGGGCAGCACUCAGGUAAGGCAGCAGGGAAGCGCAGUUCCGGGGAGAGCGCAGGUGGAGGGAGAAAAGACGAGAAGGAGGCGGAAGCAGGGCACGAGCGACGCAAGCACAAGGGGAAAGGGAGCAAGAAAGGAUCAGAGGCGGUGUCGACAGGAAAGGCUGAGAAACCAGGCGGCUCCACUGUAUCGUCACCCGCUCCGUCCUCCACAUGUGGUGCCUCUAAAUCCCGCCCAGCCACGAGCAGUGGCAGCAGCAACCCAUCCUCACAGCCUGUGUCAUCAGGUGCCCAGGGGCCUCCCCUGGCAGCAGCAUCCAUCCGGCGCACUGUGUCUGACCUCACAGAGGAGAUCAGCGCCCUCAAGGCCGCCACUCUCCUCAUCACCACGCCUGCUGCUGCUGCUGCCGCUGCGGCUGCUGCGGCUGCAGCAGCUGCCAGUGGCGCCUCUGAUUCAGGCACUGUGAGUAGCAGCGGGGAGAGCGAUGCAUUCAGUGGGGUUGUUGGAGCAGAAGUGCAGGGGGCGCAGCUAUCGCAACUGUUCACUCCAGCAUGCAGCACAGCAGCGGCUCGCAAGGCCCAGCGCACAGCCGCUGCCAUCUCUGCUCUGCGCGAGGCAGCGGCACGGGAAGGUCCUCUGCCUGCUCUCGUCUGCGCUCCCCCCACACUGCCCUGUGGGGACGCGCCAACGCGGGAAGAGGCAUGGAGACGGCUCGGCAGCAGCAGGUGGAAGGGGCAGGACGACGACUCAGGUCUAGGCACAGACAUCGCUGCUGCGGCUUUAGGUAGAGAUGCAGCGAGUUUCCGGCUGUCAUCUCCCACUCCCCUGGUGUCCCGUGCUGUGCCAGGCUUUGUGGCGCUGGACAUGCCUCCUGCUGCGGGUCCCUUCUCGUCCGCACCGCACAGCGCCACGGCCAUCUGGCACAUGCUGCAGCUUAACGCCGCACCGCUGCUCUCAGGCCCGCCCACUGCGCUCAUCUCGCAGUCCUGCUCGCUCUCCCCUCUGCACUCAUCUGGGCUGGGGUUGGCCGGUGAGCCACGGUGGGGGUCAGGCACGUUGAGGAGCAGUGUGGAUGCGCUGCUGCAGCUGGGGCAGGAGCACGGCGACUUGGAAUGGGCACCCGGCAGCACUGCUGUCUCUGGGGGAAGCGGUGCCGCGGAAGGGACUGGUAGUGGUGCCGCCGCUGCUGCUGCUGCCGCUGCAGCUGCGGUUGCAGCGUCUCAGCUGAGCCCUUCAGUACGCAGCCCUCAGGGGGGUGCAGGGGCCGUGGGGCCGUGGAGGAGGCUGGCAGUGCCGAUUCACCAGCUGCCGGGGGACAAGGAGGAUUACGAGGAGGGGCAGGUGUGCCCGCUGUCGCGCUCCAACAGUGCCAAUGUGGAGGCGCUACUGGCUGAUGCUCACACUGCUGCUGCCACUGCUGCUGCUCUCUCUGCUGCUGCUGCCGGUUUGCUGGGUGACAUGGGGACCAAUGGAGGCUCGCCGCUGAAGCCGAGCAGGAAGGCUGGAGUAGGGGUGGAAGGCGAGAGGGGCAUGGAGGAGGGUAUGGAUGCAGGUGGUGGUGGGAGAAAGGCCAGGGGAGGGGUCAAAGGGAAGCGCAAGGAGAUGGCUAUAGCGGAGGAGGAGAGCGGUGCAGAGGAGAGCAUGCAGGCAGAUGCAGCAAGUAGCGACAGCAGUGUGGUGUUUGCAGCACCUGCUGCAUCAAGCCCUGCACGCAGCAGCAGCUCCAGCAGGCUGCGUUCCAUGAAGACCGCCCCUGCCGGCGCCCUGGCGUCCCUUGCAAGCUUCUUCUCCUCCAUGGCUAAGCACUCCCGCAGCGGCAGCACAGGCGAGGAAGAUGCCCCUGCUGCUGACAGUGGCGGCGCUGGCAGUGUUGACAACAAUGGGAGCAGUGGGAGCAGUAGGGUGUCACGAGAAGGUGGUGGGGCAGCAGGGAGUGGUGGAAGUGCAGCAGAGGCUGCUGUUAGAGCCACACACCCCCAUGCACACUCACCUGCUGCUCAAGGCGCCAUGCCUGUUCCUCUUGCUGCUGCUCAUGCCCAUUCCGCCCCCAAUGCCGCUGCUGCAUUUUCUGCAAUGUCUUCUCCUGGCAAGACCCCUCUUUCCCCACAGCAACAGCCUGCACCCGCAUCAGGGGCAGCAGGGCUUGCAUCUGGCCUUGCUGCUGCCUCUGCCGCGGUAGGCGCAACUGGGGGAGGCUCGUAUGGGGCCAGGCAUGUUUUGGAAGGGACACGUGCAGGAGACAGCAGCCCAGGCAUUCACGACCCCUCCAGCAUCACUGCUGGUAGUCCCAGCAUCUCUCUCUCCCGUGGCCUCUCUCCUCUCUCCCGUCCUGCCUCCUACGCCUCUGCAGUUUCAAGCUCGUCCGGUGCAACCACAGCAGCAGGUGCAGGGGCGGUUGGGGAUACAGGGUUGGGUUCUAGAGGUGUUGCAGCAGCAGCAGCAGCAGCGGUGGCAGCACAGGCAGCAGGGGCGCAGCCGCCAGCAGCGGCGGGGAUAGGCUCAGAUGCAACGGAGGAGGAGUGGCGAGAUGCAGGCAGCGGCAGCAGCAGCAGCAGCCCUGUGCGGUCAGUGCGGUCGUGCCAGUCGACGGGGAGUGAGGUGCAGGUGCAGCAGAUCGUGCACCACCACCACCAUCACCACCACCACCACCACGGCUUCCACCCCUUCCGCCGCAAGAAGGGGCGCAAGCAUGCAGCCGUUGAGACGGUGGUGCAGACCACAACAGUGGAGGAGAUGGGGGGGGACGGGAGCAUGGGGGCCAUGUCAGCUUCCCCAUCGAGCAGCAGCUUCAUGAGUGCAAGCAGCUUCAAGAGCCAGAGCAGUGUGGCGCAGCUCAUUCCCCACCAGUGCACCAACAGCAGUGGCGGCAGCAGCACGCGCGGCGCCUCGCCUGGCAGCAGCCGGGCGAGCACUGCUGCCUCUACGGGUGGGGCUAAUGGUGCUGGUGGUGCGAGGGGCAGCACGGGCGGCAGCAGCAACGGUGGGGUGUCGUCGCGGUCUGCGUUUCAGGACUCGGUGGGGGCAGCGCUGAGUGGUGGCGAGUCGGAGGCAGACAGUGACAUGGAUGUUAUUGAUGAGCAGGCACUUCUGGCAGCAGCCAAGCGCACAGCAGGCAUCACUUGCUGUGUGCGGCCUCGGGUCUUUGAUUGA